AACCAGGUCCCAUUCCCCCAUUUACCCACCUUCCCCAACUCCAUUUCUUCAUUCCCUUUCCAUUUCCAUCUCUCGAUUUUUCUCUCCGCCAUUUAUUUCUUCUUCAUGAAGCGUCCACUUGAAGCUGCGAUUACCGCUGGUGAUAUCAAAAUGAAGAAGAUAAGGCACGACCAACAAAAUGAAGAAAUUCAGGAUGGAGUUAGUACGGGAACUGGAUUUGUUAAUUUGGAUGAGAAUUUGCUAUUCGAGGUCUUGAAGCAUGUGGACGCGAGAACGUUGGGGAGGGCAGCCUGUGUGAGCAAGCAGUGGCAUAGGACGGUAAAGGACGAGAGACUUUGGGAGCUGAUCUGCACAAGGCACUGGGCCAAUAUUGGCUGCGGUAACCAACAGCUGAGAUCCGUGGUCCUAGCUCUAGGUGGGUUUCGUCGACUUCACUCCCAGUACCUUUGGCCUCUUUCUAAGCCACAAUCUAGUUCUAUGGCUUCGAGUUCGUCGUCAUCUUGGGCUCCUUUCCCGGCGAUGAUUGGGUCGAAGCCACCGGCUAGGUGGGGAAAGGACGAGGUGCAUCUUUCCUUGUCUCUGCUUUCGAUUCGGUAUUACGAGAAGAUGAAUUUUAGCGGCAGAGGGAGAUGAGUUAGAAUUAGAAUAUUAUUUAUGAUUAACUAAAUAUAUAUAGGAGUAUGCUUUAUUAACUCUAAUUUCGGGUUUAUUAUCUUUUUUUUUUUUUUGUUUUGUAUGUCUAAAUUUGGCUUGGGAUUUGUUUGCUUGUUUGUUUCUUUUCUUGUUUUGGAUGUUGUAUUUAAUCUGGGUUUUACUAAUUAGAUCUGUAAUCUGUAACCAUAUUGUAAUGAAUCAAUUGUUGUUGGCUUGUUACCUAAA